AUGCCAAAGAACAAGAGAGCGAAGCGAGGUAAGACGACCGAGCCAGAAGACCAUAGUAAGCAGAAGGAAUCGAAACAGGCAACAAUUGCAGAUGUUAGCAAGGAAAGCAAAGCGCAACAGGCAAGAGUGUCAGAUGCAGACAAUGACUCCAGACCGGAAAACCCAAUAUCCGAUGACAACUGGCCUCCAGGCUGGAGCGAAAAGCAAAAGAGAGAUACAGACCCCGCACAAUGGCCGUUCUCCGAAGACCAGUUGUCAAAGCUCCCAAUAUUGAUGCAGCAGCUUGGGAAAGUGAAAAGUCCCACGCCCGGCAAAAUAGCUAAGUUGAUUGGUGACGCCGAAGUCUGGGAUGUCUCACAUCCAAAAUGGAAACUCGAAGGUCGAAAAGGCAUCGGAUAUCAGUUUCACCCGGACAGGAUAAGGCGUCGGAUUGAGGAAUCAAGAAAAUGUGGUUUAAUGGUAGAUGACGCCGCCGAGCAGGAGUUGGUGAAGUUGGCUACGGCAGCUUUUCAAAACUGCAAUAACAAGGCUGAUGGGAAGGCGAAGGCCCCCUUACAGGAUCUCGGUAGGGCUGAGGAGGAGAUUUUUGGGAAGAACAACACUGGACAAUUUGCAAUGAACGCGUGGGCCGAUGGGCCACCUGACAUAUCAAUGAACGACUAUGAGGCUGCGGAUGAAAACUCAGAACAGCCGUGCAAUGCUGUUCUCAUACUCAAAGGACAUAGAAAAUACCAGCAGCAGGUCUGGUUUCCAAUCAUGAAAGAAAUCUGGGACGAGCUUGAUCCAAACAACAGCCGCCCAUCAAGUAAGGAAAGGCUUCUCUUUCAACAAGUGCCGCAGAUUGCGACGGAAAAUGUGGAGAAAGGCCUUCCUGCAAACCUUGGGCAGCUACCGGUCGCAAACAUCACGCAUAUCUGGAGGCAAUAUAAGAAAGGUGAGAUGGACCAGCUCAGCGCCGAGAUGUGCCUGAAAGCGUUAUGGGCACGAUACCAGUUUGCAGAUGGAUAUUGCAAGCUUCCGCCCCAAAAAGGAGGAGUGUACCCCAAAGUUGUCGACAUAGAAGAAGAGUAUCGAGAACGAACAGGUCUUGAUCCGAAGACAGGAAAAAGAAUGGGGGGUACACAGACGAAGAAGAGCGGAGGAAAGAAGACGCAAAAGUCUACAGCAAAGCAUGUUGCAGUGGAUAAAGAAACACAAUCCAAAAAGCGUCCAUCAGUCAAGAACGGAAACCCGGUGAUACCAGAUGACAGUGAUGUAGACAGUGAUGUUGAGAUGUGGGACCCUGAAGGUGAGUAUGUAAUGUCGGGGGCAUAUAACGAGCCCGGGGGCAACCCAAAAAGUCACGCGAAGCAGAUUCAGAAAGCACACCCGAAGAAAGAAGCAAGCAUAAAGAAAAAAACAAGUGCAAAGGAGGAUCAUACCUCACAAGCCCUUGUACCCAUCAACCCAUACUCGUCUCAGUCUCGUCUUGGAAAGAGCUUUCAAAUCUGGGCCUCCAGCACGAAGCAAGAACGGACAUUCAGACCCGGUUAUACCAGCUCAGGCGACAAGAUCAUCGCCUUUGGAAAAGUAGAACGACAAGAGAUCUCAGACUCUGGAACCCGAUACAAACGAACAACACGCAACUACGUGAUCAAAAAGGGAGGCAGUUGUUGCGCGUUGCAACCAAAAGGGGCCUGUGGUGGGCCAGAGAUAUGGGAGAUGUUGCCGGACAGAAUUAAGCAGUCCGGAGCGAUUGGGCAGAAUUUCGAUACCAUACCUGAUCGUCGCAAACUGCCCCACAUGAAACAUGGCAUAUGUUGGCUGGCCAUCAGCAAAUGUGGACCCUCCCCAAGUCGCUAUCCACCUAUGGCCUGCGAGGUAUAUUGGUUCGAGGGCCAGGACAAAAAGAAGGCGGUCAUCUGGCGGACACAGUUGCAGAAAGUUUUUGGCGUCGAAAAUGCCGAUUUCCAUCUCGCGAAAGCGAUCACUCCUAGAGGCGAGGAGCCUCCAUCAGACAUCUGGACAGCAAUCAAGCGGUAUCAGGCUGACAUUGAGCCAACGGUGAGAGUGCCCCCGAAGAUGCUGCAGGCAGCAUACCCUUUGGCGCUGCCUCCGCCAUCCCACCAGAAUACAGCCAAGAGCAAGGACGAAGCCAGGCUCCAAGACAAAAUCGCAUCUCUCAGCAGGGAGUUGAAGAGACUGAAGAUAGAGGCAAAGAAGCGAAAGGGACGGAAAGAAUCUGAUGGGGAGGAAUCCUUUGCCGAAGACACAAGCACCAGCUCUGAUACUGAGAGCUUAGCUGAAGACUCUGAUGCUGAGGACACGGAUAGCUCGGAUGAAGCUUGGGAUUCGGGCGAUGCCGAUGAUGACUCGGGCGAAAGCUCUGAGGAUGAAGGUGGAACGGACUCGGAUGAUUCGGCAGACUCAAAAGGAUCCAAGCCGAGUCAAGGAUGGUUGAAUAGACUUCAGGAAUCGAGAAAGGGAAUUAGAAUCUGA